AGCCUCUUGUUUAUACCACAUUGUGGUAAGCUAAGGCUACAUUGGCUUACUUAACCCUUCUGCAGGCGUGAAUGUAGUAACUCCUGUUUCCCUUGGAGAAAGGAAGGAACACCCCCCUCCACAGAGGGUUAGCAAGAGACAGAGAACUAAUCCUGCAGGCUACCACCACCAUGAAGACAUCAAAUGUUCUUGUUCUCAUCUUAGUCCUGCUUUAUAUCAAUGCCAGCACAGAAUGGCCUACGCACACAGUCUGCAAAGAGGACAACUUGGAAAUACAUUACAAAAGCUGUGAUCCCCAGCAAGAUUUUGCUUUCAGCAUUGACCGUUGUUCUGAUAUCACAAGCCACACCUUUAACAUCAGAGCUGCCAUGGUCCUAAGACACAGCAUCAAGGAACUGUACACCAAGGUUGAGCUGAUCAUAAACGGGAAGACCAUCUUAUCCUACUCGGAGACACUUUGUGGGCCGGGUCAUUCUAAGCUUAUUUUCUGUGGAAAGAAGAAAGGAGAACAACUCUACUAUGAGGGACCAAUCACACUGGGAAUCAAAGAAAUCCCACAGGGAGAUUACACGAUUUCAGCAAAGCUGACUAAUGAAGAUCACGUCAUUGUCGCUUGUGCUGAUUUUACUGUGAAAAAUUAUUUAGACUAUUACUAGCAACAAACCAGUUUCGUGAAAGCUACAGACUACCAAAGCUAUUCAAGCCAUGCUACAGUGAUUCUGAAGGAAAUAAUCCCCACAUGGUGGUUCUGAUGCUAUUCCUCUUUAUAAAUUCACUAUUUUCAAGAAGUCACUAGACCCUCUAGUGGCCAUUUUAUCUCUAAAUGCACACUGUAGCCCACUUUUUGCUUCUAAUAUAUACAGCUUCGAGUAGAAAGCAUCCAAUAACAACAUUCUAAUUUUAGGAUGCAAAUAGGAUGAGGCAGAACAGGCAAGAGCCUAAACAUUUUUUGCAGUAAGUUAUGGAGGUAUCAAUUUCUAACACAGACUAAAGAAGACUUUCAUGUGUACCAUGUAUUAUGCAGUUACAGGACUCAACAUUUUCAAUCUUCUCUGUGGCAUGUCUGAAGCCUCCACUAGUAUAGAUUUUGUUAUAAGCACAGAAAAAGGGCCAAAUAGGAUGAAUAUGCCUUUUUUCCAGUGAUCCAUGUCCUGUCACUGGAUUCAUACCACUCAAGCCUUCUGGACCUUACCUGGAAUUUUUUGUUCCUUAAUGUCUUUUAAGUGAUAUGUAAAUCAUUCUGUACCUAAGAUAUGUGCUCUUCUUGCUUCUCAAUAAAUUCAUAAUGAAAGAA